ACUGGGCCGCCGCCGCCGCCCCCUGCCUGACGCACGGAGGGGCUGGGACAGCGAUUGCCGGGAGUGACUGGAGCCGCCGCUGCCGCCGCCCGCCUGGGCCCGCCCGCCUCUCUCCCUCCCUCCCUUCCCCGCGUCCUUCAGUCCAGCGCUCCGCAGCCGCCCGCCACUGGAGCCGCCCAGAGCAUCAUGGUGGGCAAGUGUGUUGGACUCAGCGCCAGGAAAGUUCUGAGUUUGAGUUAGUAGGUGUGUAACACUGGGUGAGGAAACUGAGGCUGAGAGAGUUAAGUGACUUCUGCAUGAUCACACAACUAAUAAAUGGCCGAGAAGCAAAGAAAUUAAUUGAAAUAUAAUGGAAGCUACAGUAAUAUUACCCAUCCUGAAGAAAAAACUAGCCUUCCUCUCUGGAGGAAAGGACAGACGAAGUGGCCUCAUUCUGACCAUUCCAUUAUGCCUCGAACAGACAAAUAUGGAUGAAUUGAGUGUUACUUUAGACUAUCUUCUCAGCAUUCCAAGUGAGAAGUGUAAAGCUAGAGGAUUUACUGUGAUAGUGGAUGGCAGAAAAUCACAGUGGAAUGUGGUGAAAACAGUUGUGUUAAUGUUACAGAAUGUUGUUCCAGCUGAGGUAUCACUUGUUUGUGUAGUAAAACCAGAUGAAUUUUGGGAUAAGAAAGUCACACAUUUUUGCUUUUGGAAAGAGAAAGAUAGACUUGGCUUUGAGGUUAUUUUAGUGUCUGCUAACAAAUUAACUCGGUAUAUAGAGCCAUGCCAAUUAACAGAAGAUUUUGGUGGAAGUCUUACCUAUGAUCACAUGGAUUGGCUAAAUAAGAGACUGGUCUUUGAGAAGUUUACCAAAGACUCUACAUCUUUACUAGACGAACUUGCUUUGAUCAAUAAUGGAAGUGAUAAGGGAAACCAGCAGGAGAAAGAAAGAUCCAUGGAUUUGAACUUUCUUCCAUCAGUUGAUCCUGAAACAGUUCUGCAAACAGGCCAUGAAUUAUUGUCUGAAUUACAACAGCGCCGAUUUAAUGGCUCUGAUGGAGGAGUCUCAUGGUCACCCAUGGAUGAUGAAUUGCUUGCCCAGCCACAAGUCAUGAAAUUGCUAGAUUCAUUACGAGAACAAUACACCCGUUACCAGGAAGUUUGUAGACAGCGAAGUAAGCGAACACAACUAGAGGAAAUUCAACAGAAGGUAAUGCAGGUUGUAAACUGGCUUGAAGGACCUGGAUCAGAACAGCUAAGGACACAGUGGGGAAUAGGUGAUUCAAUCAGAGCUUCACAAGCUUUGCAGCAGAAACAUGAAGAGAUCGAAAGUCAACACAGUGAAUGGUUUGCAGUAUAUGUAGAGCUGAACCAGCAGAUUGCAGCACUUCUGAAUGCUGGGGAUGAGGAGGAUCUUGUCGAAUUGAAAUCCCUACAACAACAGCUCAGUGAUGUUUGUUAUCGCCAGGCUAGUCAGCUGGAAUUCAGGCAAAAUCUGUUACAAGCAGCUCUUGAAUUUCAUGGUGUUGCUCAAGAUUUGUCUCAGCAGUUGGAUGGCUUAUUAGGGAUGUUGUGCGUAGAUGUAGCACCAGCUGAUGGAGCAUCGAUUCAGCAAACUUUAAAACUGCUUGAAGAGAAGCUGAAAAGUGUUGAUGUGGGAUUACAAGGUUUGCGUGAAAAGGGUCAAGGUCUUUUGGAUCAGAUCUCUAAUCAGGCAUCCUGGGCUUAUGGAAAAGACGUAACCAUUGAAAAUAAAGAAAAUGUGGAUCACAUACAAGGAGUGAUGGAAGAUAUGCAGCUUAGGAAACAAAGAUGUGAAGACAUGGUAGACGUUCGAAGGUUGAAGAUGCUUCAGAUGGUUCAGUUGUUUAAAUGUGAAGAAGAUGCUGCUCAGGCUGUAGAAUGGCUAAGUGAACUCCUGGAUGCUCUACUUAAAACUCACAUCAGAUUGGGAGAUGAUGCUCAGGAAACCAAAGUUUUAUUGGAAAAGCAUAGAAAAUUUGUUGAUGUCGCACAGAGCACUUAUGACUAUGGGAGGCAACUACUACAGGCUACAGUUGUUCUGUGCCAGUCUUUGCGAUGCACUUCUCGGUCAUCUGGUGAUACACUUCCUAGGCUGAACAGAGUGUGGAAGCAAUUUACGAUAGCAUCUGAAGAAAGAGUACAUAGGUUGGAGAUGGCUAUUGCAUUUCAUUCAAAUGCUGAAAAGAUUUUGCAAGAAUGUCCAGAGGAGCCUGAAGCUAUUAAUGAUGAGGAGCAAUUUGAUGAAAUUGAAGCAGUUGGGAAAUCACUUUUGGAUAGAUUAACAGUACCUGUAGUUUAUCCUGAUGGAACAGUAUUUUGGAAGUCCAAGUGACAUGGCUUCUACAGCAGAACAUAUCAGAGAAAGGAUGAAACUUGUUAAUCUGAAAAGACAGCAGCUGAGACACCCAGAAACCACCAUCGCAGAAAGCUAAUAGAUAUCACCUGAUAACAAGGCACCAGUUUUGUGACCCAGCAUGUUGUCUGCAUACUUUGGCAUUUGACAUAAUUCAUUAAAUGCAUUUCACAGCCAAUAGAAGCCUCAUUUUGCCCAGUAGACAUUGCUCUCUACCUGUUAACACUCUACACCUACCAAGGCAUGAUUAUUUAACAUGCUAUGAAACCACGUAUCUUAUGAGAAGGAACUAUAAACAUUGCACUGAAAGCUUGCUCUAAAGCUUUAUCUAACCUGUUGGUUGCUAAAGGAGCAGCUGAUGUAAGCUUUGAAUGGUGCUAAUAAGAGUUUAAAAGUUCCACAUAAAAAAUAGUUGCUCUCUUUCCCCGGGUAAAGUAGUCAAUUUAGACUGUAGGUAAAUUGUUAUUUGUAGACAGUGGUGUCCUCAUAAUUUCACUUUCUAAUUCUUCAAAAUUGAUUAUUUUUAUUGUGCCAAUAUACAGCAAACCUAUAAGAUCUUUGAUAUAUCAGUCAUUAAGAAGACAUUUUUCCUAUUUGUAUUGAUAAUGUAUUAAAAGCUGUUUGUGCUUAAUAAAAGGCAUCUUAUAAAAAUCUUAUUUAAUUUGGUUGCUAUAUUCUAUUUCCAAAUGUGAGUGCCUUAUUUGAAGGGGCAUUCUUAAAGUUGAUAGACUUUUUUGAUUUAACCUGUUUAUAGUGUUAUUUGCAUGUAUUUUAGCCAAGAAAAAUUUAUAUGUAAGCAUGUACAUAAUAAAGAAGCAUGUUUUAUGAUGAACAUAAUUGUGAAGAACAAGCGUCCAAUUUUACAUCUUUAAGAAAUUGUUAUGAAUGGAAUACUCAUGAUUUUGGUAUAAAAUGUCAUUAGUGUCCUUUCAAAUAGUUCCUAAAGUAAUGUUUUUAUUUUUUUCUUUUCCAAAUUAAAAAAAAAAUCAAAAUCAUUGAUUCAUUUGCUCCUAUUGAAAAUAUGUAUUCUUUAAAAAAGAUUACUUCAGUAGAGCACAUAUCAGUAUUUAUCCGUUACUUCCAUUUAAAUUGCUAAUAAAUUGCGAUUUCUCACAAUAGCUGAGUAGGACAAAAUAAUCUAGUAAUCAAAACCUUCUUUUCAUACCUCCUUACUGUAAAAUUUAUUUUCCAAUAAAGUUUAUAAUAAUGAUGUUAGUACUUUUUAAGGUCAUAUUUAAUUCUAAAUGGAACAAGGAUUAUAUGAUUUAAUUUUGGGUUUAUUUGGAACUGAGAGUUAGAAAUAAACUGUUUGAAACAAGUGUAAAUUUGAAAUUCAGCCAGGACACAGGUUCCUCUGAGUAAUAUAAAUCAGAUUCUUUUAACCAAUUUCCAUUUAAUUCAAUAAGUAUUAAGUACAAAGGUGCUUUAUACUAGGCUAUAUAUAUAUAUAUAUACUAGUAUAUACUAUAUACUAGGCAUAUAAAGGGAAAAGUGAAACAGUUCCUGCCCUCCAGGAACUUACAUCCUAUCAGGAUUAUAUGGCAUACACAAAUAACUAUAGUAACGAGUAAUUUGUGAACGUGUGAGACAGGUAGGAUUCCAAUUUGGGGGUGGAUCGACAAAACUUCCUCCCUCUGUACCUUCAGUCACAUUGAGGAGUUAUGUGAUUAAAGGUAUAGAGAUAGAAAAAGUGUGAGACAUGUAUUGAGGUUGGGAAGCAGGGUUAAGGUGAGAUAAGGAUGGACCAAGGGUGGUGUCCUGUUGUUAAGGACUGUAGCAAAGCAAAGGGAUUUAGUUUUACCUUGUAGAGAGAGCCAUUGAAAAGAGCCUGUUUCAGGCAAUUAGUAAUCACACCAUAUACUUUUAGAGGGCUUUGUGCCAUAGAGGAUCAGGCUUUGAAGUAUAGCAGUGUCUUUACAGUCUUCACACUGUUACUUAAAUUGUAAAAGAUUUCAUUCGCCUUAAAAUGAUUUUGCCUUUGGGGUUCAUGUUGCUGGACUACCUUCUAGGUGAAGCCACUGCGUAAAAUAUUUUUGGUACUGAAAUGAUUCGGUCCCUUUGGCAGGGAAGGUUCUGAGAAGCAGCAUGGCCAGCACUGGACUAGGGGCCAGAAAACCUGGGUUCCAGUUCAGACACUUCUUAGUUUUUUUGACUGCCAUCAAGUCACUUAACAGUUAUGAACCUCAUUUUCCUCAUCUAUAAAAUGGGGAUACUAAUACUGGCUACCUCAUGGUUCUUUCACAUUGCUCGGCUCUCAUAUCUUCCUCUCCAGAGUUUGCCCCCAUGUCAGUUCACUGUAUUUUCCAAGUCUGCAUCUCCAGUGCCUAGCACAGUGCUUGACAUAUGGAUAUGGUGAGCACUUAAUGAAUGCUAGAUUAAGUGAUCUGGACAGGGCUGGGAUGUAAAGAGAUGCAUUUAGUUUCUGAUAGACUGGCUGUGACCCAGGACUUAAUUGUUAACCCUUCCCAAAGUGAUGCUGAUGAAACAGCUUAAAACAGAUGUAAUGUUCCUGAUCGCGCUAACCUAUUGUAUGGUACAUCAAGGCCUGUAACCUCAUACAGCAGAUGCUAUUUGAUGGACCUUUAAAUUGCUCUUGAGCUUUUUGCCACCAUCUACUAUGGCCCCAUAGCUGUGUGACCCUGGGCAAGUCACUUAAUCCUCAUUGCCCUGCCCUCCCCCCCCAAAAAAAAAAGUCUAGCCUACUACAGCCCCAAACUUUUUAUGGCUUUAUACUCUCUUAUCAUUCAGUGUAUCUUGGACCUAAUGUAUUAGUUUACUUUCCCUAGAGAAGUUGGCCAGCAGACUUGGAAAUAAAAAACCUAUAAACUCAACUGUUUGGUUUUUUUUUUCCGUAGAUUUUCCUGAGGAAAAUUGGGUCCUGAUGUAUAAAUAGUAUUGCAGUUUAAUCUGUGAAACAUGUUAACUGUAUGAACUCUUUUUCAUCUGCAUCUUUGAGCAGAAACUACAUUUAAAGCUAUGUUAUCCAUAAAUCUGUAAAUAAUUGCUUUCCAGGACUUUAUUACAGAUUAGACUGAGGAAAAAAAUUAUCAGAAAGAAAGGAAACUUUAACUAUGCAUCUAUUUUUUGAAAGGUAAACUAUAGUUAAAUUUUAAAAGUUUACCCUAAGUCACAAGUCUACUUGAUGCAGUUUGACACUGAUACAGCCAAAACACUGAAUCAGGUUUUUUUCCCCCUCUUAAUGGGAAUUUGGUGAUAGCAAAAGUUUUCCAAUUCCACAUUCUUUAGCUGCUUUGGCAGUUUAAUACAUAGAUGGUAAAUAGAAAGCAAAAAUAUUCAGGCCAAAUGAAUUUUUAAAUGCCUUUCUUGUGAAGACUCUCCAUGAGAUUUGGCCACAUAUAUCACAUCUGGAUUUCACACAAUUUCAUCAGCAUCACCUAAAAAUAAUUCUUAGCAUCAGAUAGAUGAGGUACCAGAAUGUAACCAGUCAUCCAUAGUGAUAUGGCAGGGGAAAAGGACUUCCUAUUAAGAAACACCACACAAAUGCAUGAAGUAUAUAUCUUUAGUGUGUUCAGAUUGGGAAGGAGAGUGGCAGACUGAAGCCAAUCCAAAGGAAACAGCUGCUUAGCAGACUGUCCUGGUGGUAAUUAAUUCCCCUGCACGGGAGGUCUCCAAAUCAAAGUUGGAUCAACAUUUGUCAGCAAGAAUGUAGUAAGAAUUUGUGUUUCAGGUAGAAGUUCAGCCAGAUCUCUGAGGUCCUUUCCAACUCUGAUCCCAUAAUUAUUUUGUGAUGAAGUACUUGGCUAGCCAGACUGAAAGAGAAUGAUGUCUAUUUCGCUUUCAGUAGACUCUCAUCUUUCCCAAAGUACACAUGGAAAAAAAAAAAGAAGAAAAACCAUUUAGUUUAUCACACUAUUCUAUUCACAAGUGGAAGCAAAUUUUAAGCAAAGGCUACUUAAUAGGUCGUUGAUAGCUGUGCCAGAAGAGGUCAGUUAAUACUUUUUGUUAAUGGUCUCCGACAAAAGAACAUGCUCCUAUCUUCAGUAGAAACUGAGCUUAGUGGAAUUUGGUCAGCUCCUCCGAGAGCAGAAUAAGAAUUUAAACUUGCUAAGAGGUUGAAAGCAAAUAGAAUGAAAAUGAAUACAGUAUUUCAGUAAUGUCCUUAGGGGCAAAGCCACUACAAUAUGAGGUAUAGACUUGUAUAGGUAUGACAAGUUCAUAGUAGUUAUGAAACUGGAUAAGUCAGCAGUACUGAUAGGUUAAACUGGGAAAGAUUGGGAAACAGGUGAUCCUCCUGGAUAUGAGCUAGUCAGACACUAAGUAAAGCAGUUUACUCAAUCAGGGAAUACUUGGAGAAAUUCAAGGGAAAUUCAAAGGAAAGCCAAAAAUACAGAAUAUCAGCCUAUUGAGUUAAAAAAAUGACCAUCUCAUCCAAUAUAAGGUCAUUUGGUCAAUUGUCUUCCAAAUGAUAGCAUUUAGAUCAAUAUGGAUAUGAAGAAGACUUCCUAGGGUUCAUCAGGAACUGAUUUGGAGGUUUUAAUAAACCUCAUGGUCAGAAAAUUCCUCCUUAGGUCUAACCUAGUUCCAUGACAAGAACAUAUUUCCUCUCAACAGAGAUGGUAAACAGUAACCUAUCCCCUCUAUUACUGCCUACAAUGCAAUCUAUGCUCCAGCCAAAU